AUGAGAGACGGUGGUGGUCCUCGAGUCCGAAUCGAUGUCAACAAGCCGCAAAAUAGGUAAGGGGCGAGAAAAAAAGAAAGAUUGAGUGCUCUUGACACCAACACAUUUGUGCCCUCUCCCCGCUAAUCCGUCCAGUCUUUUUGUUCUCCCCCGUCACUCUUUGACUUUUCCGUUUCAUCACAUACAUAUUAUUAUACGAAAACGUCUUGCCAUUCAAACGUUCCUCAUCAUCAUUGACUGUCUGGUUCAGAGCUCAACAGUUCGAGACCGAAGAACAACGACUGCAACGUGUGCAGAGCCACGGAUCCGACACUGCCACCAUGAACUUUGUGACCGAUGAUCGUAUGGAGGUAAGAGUUUGCGCUCAUCUUACUAUUUUUUCUAGAAAAAAGUGUUUCCCUUAAACUCGCUCAAAGUUAGGCGUCAAAGUGUUCGUGUUCCGAUUACUGUAGGAAAAGUUUGGUUUGCGAGAACAAGUAUCUAAAUCUAGAAGGUCUCGUCGCCAGAGUAAAGGUAGAAAUCCAGUUAUCCCCUCGCAAUAACUACUUGGUAAACUGUGCAUAGCUUCAUCCAAGAGGGCGCGAGAUUCCCUCUCUCUCUCUGUUUUAGAAGAAAGAAAGAGAGAGAGAGAGAGAGAAAGCACUUCACUUUUGUGCUCCUCUCCGCUCUCGUAUAUACCCCCUUUCAUCUCCCACAAAGAAAGAGGAGCGCAUUCAUUUAUUCGUCCUCUCGCUUCCACCAACACCACAGAAAACCACAAAGAUUUCAUCUCACCUCCUCGUCUUUUUUCCUCCUUUAUACCCCUUCCCGUUUCGCUACAAAUACGAAAUUUGGUCCCCAUGAGAAUUUUCCUCCGGACGAGACGAGCCCGAAAGACGUCUUCCAUACGAAGAAGAGAUUAACCCGCAAAAGAACAGAAAAAUGUGUGCGGCCGUGGGGAUAUUCCGAUUUUUUCUCACUUUUUCUAUUGAAUACUUGAUGUGCUCUCUCUGAGAAAGCUAGCUCAGAGCUGCUAUUAUGCUUAUAGUUGACGAGUUGAGAUUUGCUUCCUAAAUUGUCUGUCAAUUUUCAUUUUUCUAAUACGAAAGUUCCAAAAGCUUUUCGGAGGUUCUAUGGAAACUAAGAACAAUUUUUCGUACGGCGCACUGGUUCUUCUUCGAAAUCCUUUCCCAUCUUCUUCCGAAAAAAACUUUUAUUCUUCUUCUUCCUCCUCGCAGAGCCACAUACAAAUUCAAUUUGCAUGUGUGUAUUAGGCCCAUAAUCUUGUGAAUACACCGACGUUUUUUCGCCAUUCUUUCGUCCAUGGACUUUAGGAUUUUUCGGCCAAGGUCUACAUAGGCCCAACCAAACGCCUAACUACACCAAAUUUGGCUCUUUCUGCUCCAACCAAUUAAUCAUCAGUGUGGCGCCCAUUUUCCGUCGUCUUCAUGUUGCUCCGAGAGCCCCCACGCUCAUUUUCUAGUUGCUGGUGGUGCAGCCCCCAGCAAGUUUUAUGUGUUUUUGGCACUGGCGCACCCACGCCACACUCCAAAUUGCUAUAUUGUCAAUUUUCAAUUUUUUCCCCUCACUUUGGCUCGUUUCCAGUCGAGAAAUGGGGCCGAAAGGUUGGAACGGCAAAGUGAGUGCGAGAGCUCUGGACGUUUCUCUUUUUUCCAAAUUCUUUCCAUUACCCUUUGGCCAGUGUAUAACUAUUUUCUUCGAUAAGGACGUUCUGCGACCAAAAUUUUUCGGUUGCAAAACGUCCUAGCUCUCCUCCAAGUAGAAAAAGUAAGAAAAUAUUUGUGAUUCUUGAACGUCGAGCGUUUUUUUCUUCAGCUUCUUGUUUGCCGUUUUGAUUAUUUGCCUUCGUCUUACUCCUGCCGUUUACCCCCACAACAAGUUUCUUCUUCCUUCAACUUUUCCUCUCAUUUCCCCCAUCCAUGUGUAAUCUUGUCAUUACGGAUGACUACGGAUGUUUUAGAGAAAAAUGAGGAAAAAUAAAAUAUGGAGACAUUUGUAAUUUGCAGGAGGAGCACGAGGAGUACAGCGCGUUCAAAGAGGCGUACGAGGAGGAGGAGAGCCGCGAAUACGUUAUUGAAAACGGAGUGAAACGGCUUGUCAAUCAGCACUACGACUCGCGCGGAUACGCCAAAUCAGCCAGAGGUACAUCGGCAUGAAAAGAAGAAAAAAACUGAGGAACUUUCAGGCCAGAAGGGACAGCGAGAGGAGGAGAGACGCAGGAAUAUGGCCGUCGACUACUCUUGUACGUUUGUGGGGGACGGUUGCGAAGCGUCUAGGAGACAUUUUGCAACCGAAGCAACGUGUUAGCAUUUCCAGCGAACGACUUCCGUCAAUCCCUGGCCGCCAUCGAUCAGGCGAGCCGUGAUGGAGCCAUCUCGCGCGGCGAGGAUGGCGUCCGAGUGCGUCACAUCGGCGACACGACAAUAAUGACCGAGCACAGAGACCCGUACUCUUUCUACUGGCAACUGGACCAGGCCCGUCGUGACACAGAAUCGCCGCCACGAAGAGCACCGCCCACGGACUACGUGAUCGACGAGGAAGAGGUCAUGGACACUGUACUCUCUCCAGAAUCACACGAUAGCGGGAUCAUGUUCGAGAAUCAGUACAGACGACCGCAUCGGGGACAUCCUCUUCCACCACCGCCACCAAUUAUGGAGGAGGAGCCGAAGGAGUUACCGCCAGGAUGGGAGAAGCAUCAAGGUGGCCACAGUAGUCUGUGUUAAAAUUAUUAAGUAUUUACAGACCCCCAAGGAUACUCGUACUACUGGCACGUCGACAGCGGAACCAUCCAAAGACAGCCACCUCCAGCCGUUGUAAGUUCUUGUGCACUUUUUGUGUGCUCGCCGCCUGCACAACAUGUACUUGUUCAUGCUCGUCUCCGUUUUUCAGCGUGACGUUACACCUGCUCGAACUCCUUCCCCACCUCCACCACCCGUGUACUCUGUUACAACCGCUGUACGUCUCAGUUCCCGUGCACUAUGAAUAUGCCAACUCGUUCACAAAGAAAAAAUGUCCACUUUCAGAACCGCGAGACACAAGCGGACGCGCCGCCAACUCAGAUAAUUCAAUUGCCGCCGCAGCAGCCGGUGAUUGAAGAGCACGCAUUCAAGCAAACGACCACAAAACGGCGAAUUGAGCAGGAUGAGCUGAGCGAGGGAUUCGCAGAAGACGCGCAGGCGAUCGGCGAGGGUGGUGACACCUACCAUAAGCCGGUCAGAUUUGCCGUGCGCUCGUUGGGAUGGAUUGAGAUUUCCGAGGAUGAGCUGACCGCGGAGAAGUCUUCUCGCGCUGUUAAUCGGUACGUUUUGCAACUAGUCUUGUUGCUUGAAACUGCGCAGUUUUAGAGCCUAGGGACACUGCGAGGAGUUCAACAACUCCCCCUAUAAAACUGUUUUUUUUUUCAGCGCCAUCGUGGAAUUGACCCAAAAAAGUGACCUGGAACAAGUGCCCAAGUGGGGAGACGGUCGCGAACUGAUCAUGGAGCUUGAUGACAACGAACUGGCACUCAUCGACCCGGACUCUAUGAAUGUGAUCCAUUCGGAACGCAUUCAGGCGAUCCGUGUCUGGGGAGUCGGACGCGACAACGGACGCGAUUUUGCCUACGUUUCGAGGGACCGCGCGACCCGCAGAUUCAUGUGCCAUGUGUUCCGAUGCGACACUUCCGCCAAGACCAUCGCCAACACGCUCAGGGACAUUUGCAAAAGACUGAUGCUCAAUCGAAGACCGUCUAGUCUUCAUGCAACCGAAUCGGGAGAGAAGAGGAUCGUCAGAAGCACCGAGGGAUUCACGCCCAUCGAUGAGCCACGCAAGGUGAUCAGGUGCCACUUUUUGGGAGUUACCCAAGUGCCCAAAGCCACUGGAAUCGAGAUUUUGAACGAGGCGGUUGAUCGAUUGGUUUCACAGGUAAGCAUAAAAGUGCGACACAUUUUUCUCUAGCCUUGAGCAUUUUUAGGUGCGUCCCGAGCGUUGGAUCCUCGCCGACGUCUCCAUCGCCCCCUCCACCAUCGCCAUCGUCGAAGUGAACGGACAGCAAAUCGCCGAGUGCCGAGUCAGAUAUCUCAGUUUUCUGGGAAUCGGAAGGGAUGUCAAGUAUGUCCCCCUCAACGUGAAUCGUUGAGUCAGCAUCAAUUUCUCAUUAUUUCAGGCACUGCGCAUUCAUAAUGCAGACCUCGUCGGAGAACUUCAUGUGCUACGUGUUCCACGUGGAACCGAGCGCCGCUGCAAUGGCCAAAAUGAUCGAGGCGGCAUGCAAGCUGCGUUAUCAGAAAGUUCUCGACGCUCACGCGUCCCGACAUCACUCGGGAAUGUCUUCGCACGGCGCCCAUCCGCCACCGUCCUACCACGGCAAGGUUUUCGAUUUUCACACUUUCCCUUGCUCUAACUCGAUAUUGUACAUUCGCAAACGCGCCGUGGACGUGUCGCAACUGGAAUUUGGUUGCAAAACGGUUGCGAAUGUAUAAUACAACUGCUUGAACGGUUUUAACAUGUUUCCCCCCGGGUGUUUUAACUUUUUCGUUUGAUUCUGUUUUCUAUGUUGACCGAAAAAAUUAUCAAAGCUUGUGAUUUUCUGGUAAUUUCAAAAGCGGCUCUAAAUUUUUUUUACAAACAAAAUUAACAAGUGUUUGUUGUGCGCAGAACAAUUGUUAACAAAAAUGUUAUGCAAAUAUUUGCAGGGAUGGACUGAGACUUUCCGCGACGCAUUUGGAUCGGUAACCUCACGAAUGGUGCCGUCAAGAUCAGCACAAAAAUUAUAA